AUGGUUUCAAAUUAUAUGCAACUCAUAACCCAUAUUACUGGCUGGGAUCCUGAAUUUAAUGCCAUUACAGGUCUUAACAGUUCAGGACAAUCAAAUAUAUUGGACGCCAUUUGUUUUGUCUUGGGGCUCACAAACUUGUCAAAGGUUAGAGCAAAUAGUUUACAAGACUUGAUAUAUAAAUGUGGACAGGCAGGUGUUACUAAAGCUUCAGUUACUAUUGUGUUUAAUAAUGAAGAUGGAGAAAAUAGCCCUAUUGGGUUUGAACAAUAUAGUCAAAUAAGUGUGACAAGACAAGAAAGAGCUAACAGUGGUAGAUUACAAGAAUUGGAAAAUAAUGUAACUGAAUAUUCUAAUCAAAUGGUCAGAAUUAAUACAAAAUAUGAACUUAAUAAAACUUCCAUUCAAGAAGAAUCAAACAAUAAAGAGAUAUGCUUGGAUGAUAGAUUAGAGUACAAAAUGCAUGAAACUCAUUAUGAAGAGGCAAAAAAAAUCCAUGAUCAAAAAAACAAACAAGUUUGUAAAUCUGAAGAACUUUUACAAACUUUGUCAACUGGUGUUUCUGCUCAAGAAGGUCAGGAAAAUGGGUAUAUGGAACAACUUCAAGAGGUUAAAAGUAAUUCAACUCAGGCACUAACUGAAAUUGAACAAGCCAAAUUAAAAAUUCCUCAUCUUAAAAAAGAGUUAAAAGAAAAAGAACCAUUAGCUACCAAAGCUGCAAGAGAUAGUACAGGUAUUUUAUCUGAUUUAGAGUCUUCAAGAUUGGAAGCACAACAGUUACAAAUAGCUUUAUCACUAAUUGAUUGGAAUGCAAGUAGAGAAGAAGAUUUAUUGCAUGAAAAGUCCUUUGAAGAAUCCAAGAUACAAGAACUAACAGAUAAAUAUGAAUAUAUUUCCAGUCAAUUAGGAAAUACUCAGUUUACUUAUAAAGACCCUACAUCAAAUUUUAAUAGAAAUAAAGUUAAAGGAUUAGUUGUUGAAUUGAUUACUUUAGAUUCAAAAUAUGCUGAAUGUUCAACCACUUUAGAAAUUUGUGCUGGUGGAAGAUUAUAUAAUGUACAACAAUAUUUAUUUAUUUAUUGUCAUAUAGAUAGUGAAAGAGGUCAACUUAAAAGAUGUGUGACUAUCAUUCCACUAAACCAAAUCCAAGUAUCUAAAAUGUCAUCUGAGAAACUUGCAGUUUCUAAACAAAUUUCUCCAGACAAAGUAGAUUUGGCAUUAAACUUGAUAUGUUAUGCUAAUGAAGUAAAAGCAGCGAUGGAAUAUGUUUUUGGCAAUACAUUGAUUUGCAUGGAUGCUGAAACAGCAAAAUGA